UUUUCUUAUUUCAUAUGAGUCUUUAUUUAGUAGACUUCUCCAUUUUUCUAUUCAUUACAAGUAAAAGCCUGUUGAUCUUAAUCAGCCAGGAAACUUAUCUGUCUGGCAAAUGACAUAUGUAUAAAGAUAAUCAUCAAUGUCAUGAGGUAACCCAUUUCAACUGCCUAUUCAGAGCAUGCAGCAAGAGGAAAUCCACCAAGUCGCAAUAUAACAAUAUUCUUUACUCCUGGAUAGCUCAGUUAAUGAAAAAAUGGACACGGAAAAUAGUAGGAGAGCAAAUCUUUCUCUCCCACAAGAGCCGUCCAGUGUGCCUGCAUUUGAAGUCUUGGCAGUAUCUCCCCAGGAAGAAUCUUCAGGCGGACUAUCGAAGUCGGCCUCGUCCCCACCACAGCAUACAUGGCUGACAGUUUUGAAAAAAGAGCAGGAGUUCUUGGGGGUAACACAAAUUCUGAUCGGUAUGAUAUGCCUAUGUUUUGGAACAGUUGUCUGCUCUGUACUUGAUAUUUCACACAUUGAGGGAGACAUUUUUUCAUCAUUUAAAGCAGGUUAUCCAUUCUGGGGAGCCGUAUUUUUUUCUAUUUCUGGAAUUUUGUCAAUUUUAUCUGAAAGGAGAAAUGCGACAUAUCUGGCGAGAGGAAGCCUGGGAGCAAACACUGCCAGCAGCAUAGCUGGGGCAACAGGAAUUACCAUCCUGAUCAUCAACCUGAAGAAGAGCUCGGCUUAUAUCCAUAUCCACAGUUGCCAGAAAUAUUUCGGGACCGAAAAGUGCUUUAUGGCUUCCUUUUCCGCUGAAAUGGUAGUGAUGAUGCUGUUUCUCACCAUUCUGGGACUUGGUAGUGCUCUGUCACUCACCAUCUAUGGAGCUGGGGAAGAACUCAAAGGAAAUAAGGUUCCAGAUGAUCGUGUUUAUGAAGAAUUAAACAUAUAUUCAGCUAUUUACAGUGAGUUGGAAGAUCGAGGGGAAGUGUCUCCUCCCACUGAUUUAUAAGAAUCACAUGUCCAGAACACUCUGAUUCACAGCCAAGAAUCCAGAAGGCCAAGGUCUUGUUAAGGGGCUACUGGAAAAAUUUCUAUUCUCUCCACAGCUUGCCAAUUUUACAUUAGAUUUAUUCGCCAGAUGAGAAUAUUUUGUUUUUGUUGCUUCUGUUCCCCUUAAUAUUCUCCUUCCAUUUGUAGAUAUGAUAGACUCCUAUUUUUCUUGUUUUAUAUUAUGACUUCAUACACCUCUCUGCUGGAAAGUCAACAUGUAAUAAGCGAGAUUUAACUGUUUGAUUAUAACUGUGCAAAUACAGAACACAAGAAGGCUGGCUGAAAGUUGAGUUAAACUUUGACAGUUUCAUAAUAUUUGGUUCUUAGGGUUUUUUUUUUUUUUUUUUUUUUUUUUUUAGCAUUCCUAAUAGUUACAGUUGGGCAUGGUUUGUACCACCCACCCAUACCCACACAGUCACACACACAUAUAUAUAACUUACACUAUAUAUAACUUUCUAUGCAAAUAUUUUACCACCAGUCAAUAAUACAUUCUUGCAAUGUAUUGCAUGAAGUUUUAUAAAAAUCUGUAUAAUUGCCUAAAUCACCAGCACAUUCACUGACAUGGUAUUAUUAGAUAAUGUUUGCAGAUUGAUAAGUAGGAAGUGGGGAAUUUUAUUAAGUUACCCAUUGUCUGGGGAGGUAGAUUGGUAAAAACAGGGAAAUUGUAAGUGGAGAGAUCAUUUAGUGAGACAUUUGUGAAAACAAGAAGAAUAAAUUAAGACCUGAGCUGAAACAAAGUGAGUGGAAAUGGAAAUAAUGGUUAUAUCUAAAACGUGUAGAAAAAGAGGAACUGGUAGACUUUGUUAACAAAUUAAAGAAUAAAGUUAGACAAGCAACUGGUUGACUAAUACAUUAAGUGUUUGAGUCUAAGAUGAAAGGAGAACACUGGUUAUGUUGAAAAAAAUGAUAAAAAGGACUAGGCACGGAGGCUCACGCCUGUAAUUCCAGCGCUUUGGGAGGCCGAGGCAGGCAGAUCAC